AUGCGCGGUCCCGCCCUUGAGGCGGACGCCAUCAAAGUACAAAGUCAAGCAGGCAGCGCGUUCGAGCGCGCAGGCGGGCAGGCGGGCCAUGCCCACGUGUCCGUCCCGCCCCCCGUCCAUCUGCGUACUCGUACUCCGCCGUCGCGAGUCGGGUCGCGGCGCACGAUCCCGAUCGCAACAGGCCGUCCCAGGCGCCCGAAAGGAUCUGAUCUCGCGCCACACAGGCUCUCCCGCCGCCACCGCGCGCGCGCUCGAAACUCGGCAGCUGCGACGGGCAUGCAGGAUCGGCGCGCUCUUGGCUCGGGCUUGGGCUUGUCGCCGGACCUCCUCCACCCCACCCCACCCCCUUCCUUCCCUGUGAGGCGUGGUCAUGUGUCCCCGACGUGCUUUGCCGCUCGCCUCGCUAAGGAUCUGACAUCGCUGGGGAUCCGAGUCGGAGCGAAGGAGUCCAAUCGUCGUCUUAGAAAACUCGCGAUGGAGGUGCUCGUAUACGACGACGCCGUUUUGGCGGCGUCGAACAUUCGCUCCGCGGACCAACAACUGGAACAUACGUUUCGAUUCAUACCGGACCCAGAGACCGCCCUGUUCCGUCCCGCGACACCCACAUCCGCAUCCCGACACCCUGCACCCGUCUCCGUUUCCCACUCUCCUGCCCCCCUAUAUCAUUCCGAAACGGAACGAGACCGUACGUGGUCGUUCGAAACCACGUACGGCCCAGGCGCCGUGAGGGCAUUGGCGGGCCUUGCGGCGGCGCCCUGGAUGCUCACUUUUUGA